AUGUCUGCUACUUUAAAACCGUAUUUAACGGCGGUGCGGCACACGCUUACGUCGGCUAUGUGCUUGGAUCACUUUUCGUCACAAGUGGUAGAAAGAUACAACAAACCGGAGGUUGAAGUUGGAACAAGCAAAGAACUGUUGUUAAAUCCAGUCAUCAUUUCUCGGAAUGCGAAUGAGAAAGUUCUAAUCGAGUCAUCUAUUAAUUCGAUUAGAAUAAGUAUUAUGAUCAAGCAAGCCGAUGAAAUUGAGAAGAUUUUGUGUAAAAAAUUUAUGAGGUUUAUGAUGAUGCGAGCGGAAAACUUUAUCGUAUUGCGGCGGAAACCCGUCGAUGGAUAUCAUAUCAGCUUCCUUAUUACAAAUUUCCACACAGAGCAAAUGUAUAAACAUAAAUUAGUUGACUUUGUUAUAUAUUUUAUGGAAGAAAUUGAUAAGGAAAUCAGUGAAAUGAAAUUGGCUGUUAAUGCCCGUGCGAGAAUUUGUUCAGAAGAGUUCUUGAAGAGAUUCUAA